AUGUUUUUCGACGAGGACGAGAUUGAGAAUGCGUUCUUUCACGAUACAACCACUGAACAACAUCAAUCGGAAGACAUGUUGUAUUCGGAAGAAGAAGAAUUUGCAAUGAAAAUUGUAGAAGAGAUUUAUCGAGAACGAUCGUUGCAUGAUCAACAAUUGAUGCUUUUGCAACGAAAGCGAAAAUUAUCAAACAGUAACCACCCAGGUUCUUCGUAUAAAUGCAACGCCACUUCUUCACUCUCUUCCUCUUCUUUGGUUUUAUGUGAUGAUGAAAAGGUAUUACUGAGUCAUUUACCAUCACGACGAACACAUGAUAAGGUUGAUUGGAAGGAGUAUUGUGACAUGACAAUGAGGCAACAAUUUUGGCUAAUGUCAUUGGACGAAAUGAUAUUGUGGAUUAUUUUCAAAAUCAAACAUUGCAUCAUGAUGUUGUUGCACAGAGAAUAA